UACUUCCGCCAUUUUACAUGUUUUACGAGAUAUGUUUUGUGAAAUUUGCUGAAUUAUAAUCACGAUUUCUUCUAAACUCCGGUGAAGAGUCCAUAAAUAAAUAGCUUAGGGUAAAGCUAAGCCAGUUAUAAUCAAGCAGUAGACAAAUGGCAAUGAUGGACAAAAUACCAGCUGUCUAUCUACUACAUCAAGUUGCGGUUCCUUGGAAUCCAGCAAUGCCACUGGUACCACUACCAGAUGAUCGUCAGGGGUCUGGUUCAGAUGGGAGCUAUGAAUCUGGUUACAAGUCAGACCAACGAGAUGAGAAUGGCCAUAAUAUUGGUGCCAGGUUCAAUCCGAGUGGCUUCCGCAACGUAUAUCAUGCAAUCAAUAUCAAUAAUGAUGAAUUUAAGGAAAAAGAAAGAGCUAGGGAUAGGGAGAGACGUCUUGACCGUGAUCGGAGAAAAGAUCCCAGUGAACGUGAUCGAAGCAAAGAUAGAUUCGACAAUAUUGAGAGUGUACAAAAUAUUGCAAGUUAUGGUCUAGAGAACAAGAGUGUUGGCUUCAGUAGCCUGUCAGGAAGUGGAAGCUCUAGCCUGAGUGGUGCUGGAAGUGGAUCAAGCAGCCCAUAUACAGUCCUGACCAUGGAUCGAGCAGGGGAGAAGUGGAUGACAGACACACCAACCAAUACGGUCCUUCUAAGGGGGUUGCCACCACAGAUAGAUGAAAAAGAUAUCCGAGCCGAGCUGAUGAUCUUUGGUGUGCCCAUCAAAGAAGUUCGCUUGAUGAAAAAUAAAGCGACAGGUACAUCCCGAGGCUUUGCUUUUGUGGAGUUUCAGAGCGUUGAGGAUGCACAGCGCUGGAUGGAGCUGAAUCAGGGCAAGCUAGUCAUGCAGAACCAGUACCCGGUUAGCAUGUACUACAGUACACCACGUGGAGGUGAACAUGGCAAUCAAGCACGGGAUCACAAUCAGAAGACAGACUGGAUGUGUUCAAAGUGUGGUGCUCACAACUUCCGACGACGAGACUUCUGUUUCAAGUGUAGCAUUUCAAGAGAAGAGUCUGAGAGAACUUCUAGUGAAGAUGGCAUGGAUCAGGUUGGGUCGAAUCCAUGUAAUACUCUGAUCCUGCGAGGUCUCGAUGCCCUCACGUCUGAAGACAGCAUCAUAGCUGCCCUCAACACAAUCACUGCCCUUCCUAUAAAAAAUGUCUGUGUUAUAAAAGAUGAGCUAACGAGUACUUCCAAAGGUUACGCAUUCCUUGAGAUGAACUCGCUGCGGGAAUCAUCACAACUUCUUGAGAUGUUGGCCCACCGGAGCACACCGCUUGAAGUUGAUGGAAAGGCAAUACUUGUCUCUUAUGCUAAAAAUACCUAUACAACUGUGAUGACAACGUUAAGUAGUCAGCCCACAGUACAGUGGUCCGAAGCCACUGGAUACGACUACUCCCAAUACUAUCAAGGGGGAGAUUACUAUGACCAGACUACCGGUACUUACUACAAUUAUGACCAGUCCUACUAUGGCCAGCAAGGAUAUGAUUUCUACAAGCAGACGGCGACAACAACACAAUCACAGCAGCAGACAUCACAGACACCACCCCUACAAUCACCGACAACACUCAGUGAUAAGAAAAAGAAGACUCAAACCGAUAGUACAAAUGCAGCAGCGGCUGUCGCCCAAGCAGCAAUCCAACAGGCGCAGGCAGCAAAGCAGUUCCAGAAACAUCAAGAAGAGAUGCAUAAACACUUGAUCACCCAUAUGCACCAACAACAGAAACUAGCCGAGAUGUCACAGGAGGAGAGGUUGGCCCAUGAAGCACAAGCAUGGUCGCAGCACUCCGAGGAUGAAACAGACAGUACACAGUACACAACCUAUCCUGUACCAGAUGUUUCAACCUACCAGUACGACGAGACGUCGGGGUAUUACUAUGACCCACUUACAGGCUUAUAUUAUGAUUCAAACACACAGUACUACUACAACUCUGAAACCGGUCACUUCCUAUACUGGGACAGCGAGAAAUCGACAUACCUGCCGGCCCCCACUGAAGGUGAUGAAGCUGGGAGGGAAGACGGAAGCAGACCCAAAAAAGAUACCAAAGACAAGAAGGAGAAAGUGAAGAUGGCCAAGAAAAUUGCCAAGGACAUGGAAAAGUGGGCCAAGAGUCUUAAUGCUCAGAAGGAGGCCAUGAAAGAUGUGCGGAAAACAUCGCAGCCGCCUACUAGUAUUUCUGCCCCUGCCCCGAUGACCGCUGUGGUCCCGGCUGAUUUUGUCAAGAAGGAAACUGGUGCUGCUGAUGCUGGCUGGGCAAUGCUCGAGAAGAAGCCAGUUGAAGAAAAGAAACUGAUGCCUCCACCAUCAUUUACAGGGCAGUCGGACACCCCUAAAUCUCAACAGUCAAAAGGUGCUCUGGUUGCUUCCUAUGGCGGGGACAGUGACAGUGAAGAAGAGGAUGAAUCCAGUCAAAGUACCGGCGAGAAAUUCACUGAUAUGAAAAAGUUGGCAUGCCUACUUUGCAAGAGACAAUUUCCCUCCAAGGAAGCUCUUGUCCGACAUACUCAGUUAUCGGAUCUCCAUAAAAAGAAUCUUGAAGCGGCCAAAGUCAGGAUAGCAGCAAGCAACCCAGGAGAUGGUCGCCAAUACAGAGAUCGUGCACAGGAACGUCGGCAGAAAUUCGGUAUACCUGCCCCACCAGAACCGAAGAAGAAAUCUCAGUAUAAGGAAAUGGCUGAAACAUUCUACGAAGAGCCUAACAAGCAAGGCAUUCAAGAAGGUAACAUUGGGAACAAAAUGUUAAAGAAAAUGGGAUGGAGUGCUGGUCAGGGACUUGGUAAAAAAGGACAGGGUAUCGUCGCACCGAUCGAGGCACAGAAGCGACAGAUGACGGCUGGCUUGGGCAUGCGGGGAAGCUCGUAUAAUGUAUCGGCGACGGACAGUUAUAAAGAUGCAGUCAAAAAGACUAUGUUUGCGCGGUAUCAUGAAGCAGCAGAAUGAUAGACAUUCCAUUUAGAUAUUCAUUUACAUAUAUAUCGGGGUCAAAAUGAUAGCAUGAAAUGGUUUUCUAUAGAACGAUGAGAUCAAAACUCGAUAAUUUCCCACUCUGUGCAUAGAAUCUGUACAUCUGUGAAGGUCUUGUGUUCAGUGCAUGAUACUAUAAACCCAUGAAAGGCCCCAUAAGACAUCGUGUGCGUAUAUUACUCUUCCCUGUGCAGUGUGUUACUAUGGAUAGUGUGGCAUGAAUUCAUAUUGAAUUGAUCAUGGCUUGAACUCUUGUUCGUAGUCCCCAGCCUUUGUUUGAUGACUAGCAAUGUUCAUGGAAUAAUGUUUUUGAUGCUCAUGUGAGGAGACUACACAGUUUCUAAUCUGGAAUGAUCAGCAACUUCUGGAUGAGACUUUACAUUUGUCUAUUUAUAAGAGGAAGUUGAAGGAUAGUGAAGCAGAACUUCUAUAGACUUGUAGAAAUGUUGGGGCAGUUAAUUUGUGACUUGGGUGCUUGGUUAUGUAAGUUUGUACAUUCAGGAUUAUUUAGAUACAAAAGCUAGUGUUGUCUUUUAAAAUUCUCCAACUAAAGAUGUCUCUAUUAUGUACAAGGUGUUUUGGUUUAUAAAAUAUGCAGUUAUAAAAUUAAUUUCCUCAGGUUUUUUAGCAGGGAAUUCUUGUCUCUCAAGAAGUAUAAUAUUAGUAUCUUUAAAAAGAUGAUCAUGUUAUCUUUGAUGGUUUGUGAUUAAUCAAUGAUACUGGUUUAAGUCUUGUGAUUUCUUCUUCAGUAUUUUCAAGCUUCCUCCUCUUUGUUCGAUAUAAUCACAGCUGUUAAACAUCUUGUGAAGUUUGUGUAUAUAUUGUAAGAUUGUGUGCAUAAUAAUUAUGUCGCCUAGAAAUAUAGAUUUUGUAAUAAGUA